AUGCCACAGACCUUGAAGAACCUCAUUGGUCUAAGGAAGAGCCUCCCUCAUACAAUUCAACAGGGUCUUACCUUACUGGACCAGACAAGUUCCAUGAUCUCCAACUCGAUGAUCCCAAAGACACAAACGAUGAUAUUUGCAAUGAGGCAGCACGAGUUUUCUACUGGAUGGGCCAACGCAUCAGAAGUGAUCAUUUCACCACCCAGCCAAGCCUACUUUGCCGACGUCGUGGGAAGCCAGAUAUCUGACACCAGGGCCACUUUUUCAGAAUCUCCAUGGUCUCCGGAGCAAACACCUCCUGUUUACAAACCAUACCAGAAUCAACAAAAGAAGACAGAAGAAACCAAAUCCCAAUCCAACAACGAAGCACCACAAUCCUCAACCUGGUGGUCCACUCGAUGGUCUACAACAUGGGCGCAAGCCUUCGGAGAAACAAUUACCACACCCAACCCCAUCCACAUUCCCUCUGCAAACCCCCGUCACAAUACCUCCACUAGUAAUCUUAACCGCCACACCAGUCUGACCGGUCGAAACCCACACAAAGGAUUUCACAGAACCAAAACCCUACUCGCAAACCAACUCAUGAAUCGAAUCACUUACAUGAAUGGAAGCGCACACAUUUGCAUGACUUCUUUCGAGGAGCUUACCCCAGAUCGUCAAAGCACAUAUGCACAAGCAGCAGAAUCCUUCAUCGACUGUGCCAAAAAUCUAAUUCUACAAUCUCAAGGUCCCAAUCAACGAGUUGAUGAUUGGAUGAUCAUGGGGUUUAUCGAUGAGAAAUAUGCGGUUCCGGAAGAGGGAGAGAAGAAACCAUAUUUAUAUGGAGAGUGGGAGUAUCUCUGGGCGAUUGAUGAUGAUGAGAUUGCGAUCAAGAAUGCAAUGUUUGGGAAAGAUCCGAGAGCUGGGAAAUCUGGGAGAGUUGGUUGGGCGUGGUAUCGCGUACCGACGGCGGAAGAUUGGAAAUGGUGGUGUGGAGAGUGGAGGAAAGUGCCGGGGGCGAUUUGGGAGUGGAAACCUAGGGAGGAAGUUUGGCCGUGGCAGCGGGGAUUUUGGGCUGGGGUUGGUUUGUUGGAGGGAAAAUGUGAAGGUUGA